AUGUGGCGCCGUGUUCUCUUCUUCUCCGCAUCGCUCACCGUCGCCCUGCGUCACACCCAUCGCCUCACCGUCACAAGAACAACAACAUCGACGAAAAACUCAUCACCGGGAACAGCGACGCUGUGGUGUGAUGUCGCGGUAGCAGCACAGCAGGUGCCGCUUGCCACUGUGGAAGAAAUGUUUGGUCGCAUAGAAGGAGAUGAUUAUGACGAGAAGGUCGACGAAAGUGCGCCGCAUCCCGCUACGGCGAGUCUCAGAGACGGCCGGGAUGCCGUGGAGGAAGAAUUCUUCGAGUGGCUGGACGACGAAAACAACACCGCCGCAGCAGGGACGGGUGACUUGAGCUUGGAUGGCGUCAUGAAUGCCGCUCUUGCCGAGCCAGGUCUUGGGGAUGAGCGCAAUGCGUCUGACGAGUUCGGUGGAAAUAGUGACACCAACAGUAGUGAUAGUGUCCGUGUUUCUCACGGCAACGGUGCAGGCGGAGGCGAGGGAAAGGCCGUGAGCCGAAUGGAUGACAUUCUCGCGGAGGAGGCUGAUGAUGAUUAUGAUGGCGUGGUUGCCGCAGGCGUGUCGGAUGUGCUUUUUGACGAUAAUAGCGGCAACGACGAACGGGAGGAUCAUGUGGAUGACGUCGAGGAUGACGACGCAUCCGCAAUCCCCGCUGAGGAGGAGGAAGAGGAGGACCAGGUGGAGCAGCUGAUUCGCGCGACUCAGAAUGCCGAGUCCGCAGCGGCUCUAUUCUUUAAAGACAAACAGCGGGUGGUCAAGGCCACGGUGGCAACACCUUCAUUUGACGACGCGGCGGCUGAGGGGGCCGAGUUGGAGAUCGUCGGAGAAGUGAUGCCGUCACCGCAGCGGUUUUGA